GUUAUUUUCCUUUUCCCUCCCUUAGUUAGCAACUUCCUUGGAUUGACUUUGUGCGUUGACUGACCAUUGACUUUGUUCUCUUCAUUAGUUUACUAGUGUAUAUAUGUGUGUGUGUGAAUUUCUUCUAACAGAAAAUCAAACUUAGAGAAAGCAGAAAAUAAAAAAGAAAAAAAACAAUGGAUGAAAGGCUGUACAAAGCAGCAAUGGAAGGCAACACAGAAACCCUAAUCAAACUAAUCCAAACAGACCCCUUAAUCCUCGAAAGAACCCCCAUAACUCCACAUCUAGAAACCCCGCUCCACGUGGCCACAAUGCUCGGCCACGAGAGCUUCGCCGUCGAGCUCCUGAACCGGAAGCCCGGCCUGGCCGGCCAGCUGGACCGGCAGAGUUCGUCGCCUCUCCAUCUGGCGGCCGCCGGAGGCCACGUGGCGAUCGCGAAGCGCCUGCUGAUGGUCGAUCCGGAUGCGUGCUACGCACUUGAUAGGGACGGGAGAAACCCGAUCCAUAUUGCUGCUGCAAUGGGCCGGGUCGAUGUACUGAGGGAGAUGGUUCGGGUCAGACCCGAGUCCGCCCGCGAACGGGUCAAGAGGGGUGGCCGGAGUUGUGGGACCGUGCUUCACCUCUGCGUGGAGUACGGCCGGUUUGAGGCUUUGAAAAUUGUUUUGGAGGAUUUGAGUUUCGAUAAGGAUUUGGUCAACGGGGUUGACCAAAAUGGUAACACUGUUUUGCACCUUGCUGUUGCUGAUAAACAAGUUGAGACGACAGAGUACUUGUUGUCACUUAUCGGAAUCAUCGAUCUCAAUGUAGUGAACGCCGCCUGAAUGAAACCAAUGGACAUUCUGAUCCAAAGGAGAACAGAUUCGAGCGAUUUAGAAAUCGAAGAAUCCCUCAAACGAGCCGGAGCUUUUGUAGGUGCGUCGUCGUUUCACAAAACCACUCCAAAAAGGGGCUUAUUGUCGUCCUCCCCUCAAAAAGACCUAACAACCAACGUCAUCUUGAACAAAUGGCUCAACGAAAGAGAAGAUUGGCUCGAGAGGAAGAGAAGUGGAUUGAUGGUAGUGGCUUCGCUAAUAGCAACAAUGGCGUUUCAAGCGGGGGUCAACCCCCCCAACAACGUCUGGCAGGAAAUUCAGACGCCUGAUACGAGAAACUCAAAAGAUCUUCGUCAUUACCUAACAAAGGCGAUCAACCACCUUAAAAACUCCGAGCGGUUCUACUUGAUCAACACCACGAGCUUCAUUGCUUCUCUAAGCAUCAUAUUGUUGUUGAUGAGCGGAUUGCCGCUGAAACGGAAAUUCUUCGUUUGGGUUUUGAUGGUGGUCACUUGGAUUGCGAUUACGGCGAUAGCGCUUUCUUACACGGUUGCUGUGAUUAUAUCGACCCCGCCUAACAAAAAGGAGACGAUCGAUGCUAUGGUCGGGAUUACAGUGUUUGCGUGGAUUUGUUUGAUGGCCUUACUACUUGUUGGACAUACACUUCGCUUGAUUGUGAAGAUGAUUAGGGUGUUGUUCAAUUUGGUUAAGUGGGUGAUCGGGGCUUCGUUUAGGAGAAGGAAGAGGGAUAAUAAUAUUCGUUUUUAAAAACUUCUUUUAUCAUGUUUUUUUUCCAUAUAUUUUUUCAUCUUGUUGUUUCUUAGACUUAUGUUCGUGAUCUUGUAGAUGCUGCACCGAAUGAAGUACAUCGAGUAGCAUUUCAAUUUAUCCAAUAAGGAAUAUACAUAUAAUAAAGUUGUAGAUGAUGCAUCAAAUGAAGUACAUCUAAAUAUUAUUUUUGAUGUUUCUA